GAUUAUACUGUCUGUGGCUCUUAAUCAUGCUGAAUGGAAAAUUGCGAAGUGCGAACUCGUCGUUCGUCUGUAGUGAAGUGCAGUGUUGAACGGAACGUAUUCGUUGAGGGUUGUAUUACUUUGUCGAAGUAAUGUUAUGACGUGCAGUUACUGUCUUUGUUUCCAAACGUUUUAUUUUAAAUUAAAUUGUUUUACAAUGAUGUGAUAGCUGCAAUCAAUCGUGAAAAUCAGUCGUAUUGCGACAUGAUUCUUCCCAAAGUAUGAUCGUGCCAAGAGGAGUUAUUAGCGUAGUUUGUAUUUCGUAUUGGUUAAGUUAUGUGAAUUUAGUGCCAACAAUGAGAUAGUGGAGUGUUGUGAUGUGGUUAUGGGACAUGUGGGGGGUGUUAUGGGCCGUUGGGCACCUGGUGUCCGUGGUGGCGACACCGCUGGAGCCCGCGCCGCCGUCUCCACAAGGGCUGUCACUGACACCUUUCGUGCGUCACUGGAGACCAGCGCACUACGAGCCGGUACUACCAAGCUGUCACCGGAGACGCCGCUACGCCCCGGAGCCAACAACGCCACCGUCCCCGCAGCCGCUGACACUGUCCUUCCACGCUCACAACAGAGAGUUUAAAUUGGUGCUGAGGCCAGAUCCGUCAUCAGUAUUCGCCGACGGUGUCCAGUUUCAUAGCUCGUCAGGCGAGGUGGAUUACAACACGGCGCUGGUCUAUUCGGGAAAACUCGAAGGCGAUGAUUCUUCUCACGUCUACGGUAUCAUUACGUCCGACGGUCUCUUCGACGGCACCAUUUGGACUCCAACGGAAGAGUAUUACGUGGAGCCGCUGUCUCGGUACAAUGUAGACCAUCCAUCCAUGCAUAGUGUAAUUUAUAGAAAGUCUGACGUCCAGCACCCUCAUGAAAACAACGAAGGCACGCCCUGCGCUUCGCAUCUCCUUCACGUGAAACGAACACUCGGGAACAACGCUGAACUCUUCAAUUUCACUGAACAUCGAACAUCGAAAGACGCAACCAGCAAUGACACUACUGAGGAUUUACGUAGCGAAAUUCACAGGCGUAAGAAACGUUGGCUUCCUGAAGACGAAAUGCAAGAUGAUCAGCCAAAGAAAAAUCCCGAAUUACCAUUAGACUUAGACUUUCCCUACACCAGCAACGGCGACCCGUUCGAUAGCAAGCUAAGCACGAGGAAACCGAAAACUAAAAUUGACAAGAGCAACCUAAUAACCAAGGUGCGACUCGAUUCCGAAGAGUCGAGACCGAAACCAAAGACCCACGUCGAAGUGAUCAAAUCGAAGCCCGGCGUCGGGGUGAUCAGCAAAGACAUCGUUAAGAAGGAGCCUGUCGUGUACUCGGUGCUGACGGCGAACGCCAGCGACGACGGGCGACACGUUAACAAACGGGCCACCGUCGACCCGAAGAAAACCACGUGUCUGGUAUACCUGCAGGCCGAUCAUAUGUUCUAUCAACGGUAUGGCUCUGAGGAGGCCUGCAUUGAGGUCAUGACCAGACAUGUGCAGAAAGUCAAUGCAAUAUAUAAAGUAACGGAUUUCAAUCUGGACGGAAAACCUGAUAACAUAACGUUCAUGAUCAAAAGGAUAAAGGUCCACACUCUGGACGCUCUAAAAGACCCGGCUUAUAGGUUCCCUAACAAUUACGGCGUGGAAAAAUACUUGGAGCUUUUUUCGGAGGAGGAUUACGACGCAUUCUGUUUGGCGUACAUGUUUACGUAUCGCGAUUUCGAGAUGGGCACGCUCGGUCUGGCUUGGACGGGCGACCUGAAGAAUGCAGGCGGCGUCUGCGAAAAGAACGGGCACUAUCGAGGCAGCAUGAAGUCAUUGAACACAGGCAUCGUGACGUUACUGAACUACGGGAAGCACGUGCCUCCUGCCGUGUCGCACGUCACACUGGCGCAUGAAAUCGGACAUAACUUUGGCUCGCCGCAUGACCCAGAAAUGUGCACACCAUUCGGCGAAGACGGCAACUACAUAAUGUUCGCAAGGGCAACUAGUGGCGACAGAAAGAACAAUAAUAAGUUCUCCCCUUGUUCCCUGAAGUCCAUUGAUCCAGUCUUAAAUAACAAGGCCAGAUCACCUAAGGGAUGCUUUACAGAGCCGCAGCCCGCCAUUUGCGGUAACGGCGUGGUCGAGGAGGGCGAGGAGUGCGACUGCGGCUGGGCCUCCGAGUGCACGGACGUGUGCUGUCGCCCGCAAGCAGCGCGCCCUCUCUACAAACCCUGCACAUUGACCGAGCACAGCGUUUGCAGUCCCAGUCAAGGUCCGUGUUGCACGGCUUCGUGCACACUCAAGUUCGGUGACAAGUGUCGGUCGGACAACGGGUGCCGCGACGCCGCGCACUGCGACGGCAAGCGUGCCGCGUGUCCCUCCAGCAGACACAAACCGAACAGAACAAGAUGCGACAAAGAACUCGUGUGUUACAUGGGAGAGUGCACCGGCUCAAUAUGCCUGGCAUACGGUCUGGAAUCGUGUCAGUGCUCCCCUCGAAGCGACGACCCUCGGUCCGCUUGCGAGCUGUGCUGCCGCAAGCCUGGCGGGCAGUGCCUGUCCUCCUUCCACUGGAACACCGCCCCGUACGACGUGCCCGACAUGUACGCCAAGCCCGGCACGCCUUGCAAUGACUACAAUGGAUAUUGCGAUGUAUUCCAAAAAUGUCGUGAAGUGGACCCGUCUGGUCCACUGGCGACUCUCCGGAAGCUGCUGUUGUCGGACGAGAGUAUCGCCGGCUUCAAGCGGUGGAUGCUGCGUCACUGGUACGCGGUGCUGCUCAUCCUGCUGGCCGUCAUCGCGUUACUGGUCGCGAGCACCCGUUUCUUCGGUCGUCACGGCAAGAAGCUGAAGUCGGUGACGAUCAUCCACUCGUCUACAACGGAAACCGUUCGACUGCCCGAUGCUGCCGAUCAAGGAUUAAUAGUUCACACUGCUGUCAGAUCAAAAGUGCCAUUAAAGAAGAAGGUAGCUCUCAGGACCAGAGCUUACCGCAACAAGAAGGAUCUCAAAAACAAACAAGGCGACAAGGCACCGCUCUCAGACGGAGCCAAGAAGAGGAAGCCAACAAGUCAGGUCAAACACGAGGAACCGCAGAAAGUGAUCAAGGAGACAACGGCGAUCGUAACCAGCCCAGAGGGGAAGUCCCCCAAACACGUGAUCCUGUCGAAACAUAAAAACAAGGUUAAGAAACGGAAAAUGAAACUGAAGAAGGAGACCAUAGACUACAGCUCCAUGCAGAAGCAUUCCGCCUCGCCCACGAAAGACUCGGAGGCCCUGAGCAAAGUCCAGAAGUGGCUGUUGAGCUCGCCGCAGCCGACUGUCAUACCAAAGUCCAAGUCCAUCCCCCUGGGCCUCACGGAGCGGUCGCACAGGCCCACCUCGAAAGGUCCUCGGAAAACGAGACCGUCGAAGAGCGCCACCAACUUGUUGAGCGGAGAAAAGGCGAGACUCCAAGUCGUAUUCAAACCGCCGUUCCGGUUCAGCGUUAAGAUAUGCAAGAGCGACAAGACCAAAGUGGUUCUAGACAAGUCGUCCAAACCCGACAUCGAGAGGAAACGCCACGAGGCCGCCGCCCAACAUCCCCCCGCGGAUCCCAAACUCAACACAUUCAGUAGAACGAAACCUCAUAAUCCCGCUCGACUUGAAAAUACGCCUUCAAACGCUUCGACCGGAGAAAAGACACAGCACCAAGAUAAAGGCAGUCACGGAUACGAAAACUUGUUGCCCAGGAGCGCCAGUGAUUGCAAACUCACCAAACAGAUGUCCGACGUCAAUCUCAGACACAAGAAGAGCAACUCGGUCGGCCAGAGGAAGAGGACCACCGAGAGCAAACAGAACCUCAUCUGUCACGAAGACAACGACAGCGCGCACCUUUACGAGAACGUGACGUCACCGGAGACGUUCGCGCCGAAGAGCUGCAGCAUGCCGCGGCGACAGCACGGCGCCGCCAUCGCGCGCCAGAGCAGCUACGGGCACCUGCCGCGCGCGCAGCCCCGCCCGCACCGCCGCAGCGCCACCAGCCUCGCCGCCGCCGAACCCGACCUCGACCACUUCUACAGCGUCAUCGCGUCGCUGCGCCGGGACGGACGCGCGCACACCAACACUGCCAGCUCCUCCGCCUCCAACAGGACCAACACAAACAGACCGGCCGGAAGGAGCUCACGACAGAACAGUUCAGUGGAAGCACCGACGCGAUCCAAUCCUGCUUCGCCCUCGAAGCUGAAGAGGCAAGCUAGCGAAGCGGAAAUCACGAAGCAGCAAUGUGACGGCGGCGUGAGGGGCUUCCAGCUAGUUGUGGGGAAGGAGAAACUGAAACGACAGAUGAGCGAUAACGAGCUAUGCAAGUCUCGAGUGCAGCUGGCGAUGCCGAUGUCUGCGGGCGCCGAGCCGCGCCAGCCGUUCUGUUGGAACAAGCGCGCCAGUCUCGACUGCGAGGCCUCCCUGCCCGGAGCCGCGCGGCCCGCGGGCUCCAGGCUCGCCAACAAGCGCACCUACACGUUCGGCGAACUCAAGAACUCUGUCCCCAACGCGACCUCGCCCCCUCCUGAAGACGUCCACAUCUCCCCCGAAGACUUCUUGAAGAUAAUCGAUAACUAGCACAUUCCGAGCGAACUCGUAAGCGUAAACAUAGUCUUAUAAUUUUUAUAUUAAAAAAAAUAAAUGAACAAAUUAAUUAUUAAUAUUGUAAAUUAGUAAUAAUCUAAUAACGAGAUGUAACUAUUAUCGGCUGAUGUAAAUAUUGUAAUUUGCUUUUUAACUUAAGGUCCUAUAAUAAAUAUAGCCCGCCACUGAAACAGAUCAUUGCUCGGCGGAGGGCCCCGCGCCCGUUCUCAUCACUACCCCUAGUUCUUAUUUCGUUGACGAACAACUAAAUUAAUUUUAAUUAAUAAAUAAUUGCAUUAUUAUUAUUAUUGUGUUCGAAGCACAGCCAAGCCGGCAAUGGUCUAGUUUCACUGAACGAUCUCUUGUAAAAUGAAUCUCUAUUUUUUCUACAUGCUAUGUAUUGUACAAAUUUACUCUGGACUUAUAUUGAAAGUGUUCAUCGUAGGUUUAUUUUGAAUUGAACAUUUUUAAAUGAAAUUCUGUUCGUUGGUUUUUUUUUAAGACUUGUCAAUUAUUGAGUCAAUAUGAUUGCGUGUUGUUUUGACAAAGGAAAUAAAACACCAAGCUAUGCUGUUUCACACAAGCAGCCCUGAUCAAUUAUGACCGCGUGUAGUAGGUUUUUGUCAAAGAAAUUAUAGUUUGUCUAACAAAACUGACUGACUUUACAUUUACUACGUCAUAUAUAUAUAAUUGUGAUUGUUUCAACAUUGGUUGUGAACGUUUAUUUAUUUAUGUUUAACUAUCUGAUGGAAUCCUGUGGACGGAAAAACAAGAAGAAGUAACAAUUAAAAGUCCGGUCCUUAACUCUUCCGGUGUUUAUUUUUCUAUUUUAUAUUUAUUAAAAAUUCUUACUGAAUAAAAAAAAAUUAACUGUAAUUUAUUUUUGAACGGUGGCUGACCUAUUUCUCGGUUUCUGGAAUUAAUUUUGCUAAUUUUUAAUCUACGUAUUAGGAUGACAAUAUAGUAGUACAUAAUAAUGUUAAUAUAAUUAUCAUAAUUGUUAAUACGCUGUCUAGAUUAUAAGUACAAAAACGAUUUUUUUUAUACCCUUUUUUUUGACGCUGAACUGCCAUGGGUACGAUUACGAUAUUAUCUGUGGUAUUUAUUUUUAUCCAAAGAAAUGUCGUCUGCAUUUAUUUGUAGCUUUUUUAAAAAUAAAAUCAUUGUGUAUUAAUUAGAUGCAGUCAUGUGUUUACACGGUAAGCGUUCCGAUGUGUUUAAUCCGUGCGAAGCUUCGCUGCUGUGGCACAGCGUUCAUGAGCUUUGUCGUAGGAAACUAAGGGUAAAAAAAGCAUUGUAAUGUGAAUACUGAAAGUAUUUGGAACUGUUACAAAUUUGUAUUUAAAAAAAAA